CGGCCGAGGAGACGUAGCGCACAAGUGAGGAGCGCUGCACCGGGAAAAGUUUACCUCAAACUAUCACAGACGAGUUAAAGGAGAGAGAAGCAGCAAAAAUGGCAACUCAGGCUGACCAGCUACCCCAUCUGCACCUGGCAGAGCUCACCGCAGCGCAGUUCAUCGACAUCUGGAAGCAUUAUGAUAAAGACGGAAAUGGUUACAUUGAAGGAAAGGAGCUGGAGAAUUUCUUCACAGAGCUGGAAACUGCAAGAAAAGGAGCAGGAGUGGAUCCCUCGCAUGCUACAUUCAAAGAAAAAAUGAAGGAAUUCAUGGCCAACUUUGACAAGAAUUCUGAUGGCAGAAUUGAAAUGUCUGAGUUGGCCCAAAUUCUGCCCACAGAAGAAAACUUCCUGCUCUGUUUUAGAGAGUUUGUUGGAUCCAGUGCUGAAUUCAUGAAUGCCUGGCGGCGGUAUGACACUGACCGUAGUGGCUACAUUGAGUCGAAUGAGCUUAAGGGCUUUCUUUCAGACCUGCUGAAGAAGGCUAAAAGAAACUAUGAUGACAAGAAGCUCAAUGAGUACACACAAACAAUUCUAAAUAUGUUUGACCUCAAUGGUGAUGGUAAGCUGGGCCUCUCUGAGAUGGCAAGGCUUUUGCCAGUCCAGGAGAAUUUCCUGCUCAAGUUUCAGGGUAUUAGACUCACCGUUAAAGAAUUUGAUUCCAUCUUCACUUUCUAUGAUCAGGACGGUAAUGGCUACAUUGAUGAGCAGGAGCUGGAUGCUUUGCUGAAGGACCUCUGUGACAAGAACAAAAUGGAUGUGGACUCGACCGGACUUGGGGGUUACAAGAAGAGCAUCAUGGCUCUGUCUGAUGGCGGGAAACUGUACCGCACUGAGAUGGAGAUCGUCCUCUGCCGGGACUCGACGCUGUGACCUUCCUGCUUGGGAUCCUGCCAACUUCCUGCAUUGCUUCCUCCUUCCUACCUCCUGAUAUAACCUGGUGCAUGUGUGACCCUUAACCUCGCCACACUUAGAUUGAAAACAAAUGUGCUCCCGAAACACAAAGUGUACUGCUGGGCUUGCUGUUACAAAUCUGUACCCUUCUAAAUGUUUUUUUUUUCUUGUUUGUUUUUUUACAUGCAGUCGUUUAGUUAUAUUGCCAUUUCAAUGCCAGCAGGAAUCGUGUAUUUAUUUAUUUGACUUAAUAUGCAUUUGUAUUUUUAAAUUAAUAUAUUCCUCUCCUAAUGUGUUUAAGAUGAAUUCUCCUGUUGUGUAUCUCUUUGUUUUAUUCGCUGCAGUUUAAUUUAUUAUGAGCUUAUUUUAUUUGAUGAGGCUUGUACUGUUCCAUU